AACAGUUGCCACUUUGGGGAAUAAUAUUGAUUUUGUUCAAUACUUACUUUCAUUAAACUAUGAUAUUAAUCUUAAAGAUAUUAGUGGGAAAACGGCCCUUCAUUAUGCUGCUGAAAACGGAUAUCAAGAUAUUCUAAUGCUCUUAAUAAGUGAUAAAGCUAAUGUAAAUUUAGUUGAUUGUAACAAAAACACUGCUCUACAUUUAGCAUGCGAUAGGGGCCAUGAUAGUUGUGUUAAAGCCUUAAUAUAUUCUUCUCAUUUUGUGGAAAUUAAUUUGCAAAACAGUUUGGGUGAAACUCCAUUAUUUUUAGCCACUAAAUGGGGCUAUUUUGAUAUCAUUAAAAUUUUAUUGGAAAAUGGGGCUGCAGUUUGUUUUAAAAAUAACAGAAACUUAAGCAUAUACAAGUUAUCACCUAAUUACUAUGUAAGUAAUCUUUUUGAACAAUUUGGUAAUCAGAAAAGUAAAAAUUUAGCAAAAGAGGUAAUUGAUGACAAAACAAGUGAUAGCACUUCUGAAAAAUGCUAUGAGUUGCCCCUCAGCAGUAAAGAAGGACAUAGGAUGCAGAAUUUUCUUUUUGGUACUCGUGCUAAAAACGCCUCAGAGGAAAAGAGAAUUCAAUUACUUUUAAAAGCUAUUGAGGAUAAUGACAUGCCCUUGACAUCAUUUUACUUAGGGUAUACUGGAAAUUUAGUUGAUAAAGGUGAUGUUUCCACUGACUCUUCUAAUAUUACCACAAAGUGUCAUCCUCUUUGUGCAUGCAAUAAAUGCUGUGCAGGUGAUUUUCUAGAUUCUGAAUCAGUUGACCACACGAGUCACAAAUUGAACGUAAAUGUUUCUAAUGAUGAAGGUUAUACACCUCUUCAUGUAGCUGCAAAAUUUGGACGAACAGAUAUUUUAAGGAUCUUAUUGGAUGGUGGAGCAUAUUUAAAUGUAAGAACCAAUAAAACAUUCCAUACCCCUUUACAUCUAGCCGUAAUGUUUCAAAGAGUUCAAGCAGUUAAAGAGUUACUGAACUGCGGUCAUUGUGAAAUAGAUGCACAAGACCUGAGAGGGAACACCCCGCUUUAUUAUGCUUGCAUUCAAAAUAAUAGUAACCUAAAAAUCUUGGAAUAUUUACUUAAAAAUGGAGCAGAUUGCCAAAAGAAAAAUUUUGAGGAGAAAACUGUUUUGCAAAUUUGUGAAGAGAAAAAUUUAUUUAGGGUUUGUAGACUGCUAAAAGAAAACAUGGAACGCCUUAGCCCAAUAACCAAAGAUAGUUCUUUAAGCCAUAGUUUUAGUACGAUUAGUUUUGAUGAUAUUGACAGUGAUUUUGAAAUUUUGUGAAAAUUUGAGAUUGUGAUAUAAUAGUGAUGCCUUUAUGUACCCACUUAUUAUGUGCGAUUAUGUGAUGAAAUUGCAUUUAAUAUAUUAUAUGAUAGCAAAAUGUUAUAUAGAUGUGUAGAGAUGCAAUUUUCAUUUAUGCAUACACUGCAGAAUAUAAAUUUUAUAUUUUGCAGUGUGUGCAAUUAUGGAAGAAACAUUAAAUAUUUGUUUUUAUUGCA